ACCAUCGGCGCGCAGCGGCGCGAUGCAGUAGUGACCGAUCUUUUCAAGUGGGGACAGGAGUUGGCGGCUGAUUGGCGGCAGCGACUGGCCCAGCCAAGGCGACAAGUAGUGGGGACUGACUGUAUUGAUACCUUCUCCCUGUGGACCAGCACCACUGAUCGCCCUACUCGCCCGCUCCCCCAUCUCCAUCCCUACCCCGAGCACCGAUGAAUCGUUUCUCCACCUUCUCUCUCCCCUCCGACUUUUCGAUCAUCUCGCCAUCUUGGGCCGACCCCCUUCUCACUCUGGAAAUUCGUCCUGCCUCAACCCUUCCAUUGAGUCCAGCUUACAUCCGCAAGUGGGUCGAGUUCGCGACGGUUAGUGUGUGUAUGCUCACAGUAAAGUGUCACUGGUCGCAGUAUUACAGUAGUCGGGAUUUGGAGCACACUCACGAGAUGUCGCUGGUGCUGGCGCAGUUGUGGUCGAACGAGUCGACCACCGACGACACAUUGGUAGGGCUGUUGUGCGGAGAGAUCGCUAAGGGCAGGCGAGCAACGGUUGCCUACGAGCUCCUCACGUUCUUGUCUCAGCUCGUCGACGACCUACCGACGGACAUCAUCUCCUACAAUUCGAGCGAUCCGAGUCAGGCUGGACAUGUGACCCUGGAAAGGAAGUUGACGCCAACCGUAAUCUGGACGAACUAUACGGAGGACUACGGGCAGUAUCUAAGCGAUCACGAUCCUACGGUUUGGUGCUACCUGGACCUGGACGAACUUGCACCGGAUAACUCCGACUUCGACGAGUUUUGGAAGGCGCAUCGAGAGAACAGGGAGCUGUCAUCGGACAACGACCUGGGUCGCAUAGCCAUCGCCGGGCUAUCGGAGGAAGAGGAGUCGGAAGCACGGUCGACGUCAAAGGAAGAAGAAGAGGCGUUGGCACCUGAUCCCCGAGAGGCUUCACCAGCACGAAUGUCGCCUUCCGUCCGAGGAGGAUCCGCUUUGAAUCCCGUCGUUCCCUCAGAUGCCGCUAGUCGGCACGAUGACGCAGCAACCUCCCGCCGGCGUCGCCGCUCUCGCUCACCAUCUCCCUCCGUUUCCGCCCCCUCCACGCUUCAUCCCUGUCCUCCUCCCGGCCCGGACGUACCGUCCUCGUCCCGUCUUUCGCCGCCCCCUUGAUUACCUCUCCUUCCGUCCCCUCUCCCACCUUGAAUUCCCCCUGGACUAUCGCAUCUUCGCCAGCCGCGCCU